GUAUACCUGUUUGUUUCAAAUCCACUGCAUAGAUAUAUAUAAGAUAGUAAUUUAAGCAAUACAUUAAGAUAGAGAAAUGUAUUUCCUUUAUUUAUUUAUUUAUUUUUCAAUUUUCUAAACAAAACUUUUCUCUUUCUAUUUUUGUAAUAGAAUUUCUUCAAUGGAUAUUUAAAUGAUACACCUAUAAAAUACAAAAUAUGUACAUUACAUUAUAUUAUUACAUAAAAGGACAGUUAUAAACAGUGUGUCAAAGGAUACACCUUACUACUAUUAUUAUUAUUAUCAGUAGUACAAAACGUGAAUAUAAUUUGGAAAUAAAUAAGUACAUUUCAUAUUUUACACAAUGGAAUAAAAAUUUUUAAUGAAUUAUUAGUUACCAUGUUAAACUAACCGUGUUAAUAAUAACCAUCAUGAUGAUGAAGAUGAUACCAACGAUGAUACUGACAUUGAAUACUCAGAAAAAUCAAUACCAUAACAAACAUUAUAAUCGAUUAUCUUAUUUCAUAGAAUUGUGAUCAAUACUAUAAUAACAAUUAUUAUUAUUAUUAUCAUCAAACUUAUUAGAAUUAGUUGGUGAUUAUUGUGUGGAAUUAAAUCAAUAAGGAUCAUGUUCUCACGUGUACAAUUUCGUAGAACAUUUAAAAAAACAAGAAGAUCAAGAUACUGAUCCAUUUCUGCUAACCAAAAAUGUAACACUUCAGAGAAAUACGGAUAUUCGCACGUAUUAUAAUGUCGGAGUUUAUUUGGGCAGUGGAAAAUUUGGUGAAGUGAAACGAUGUCAAGAAAAAAAGACUGGAAGAGAAUUUGCUGCAAAAUUUGUUCCAAUUGCUAGUGAAGAAGAUAUGAAUAGUAUAUUAAAUGAAAUUGCUGUUAUGAAUAAAUUAAGACAUCCAAGAUUAAUUCAAUUAUAUGAUGCAUAUCAAAUUGAUGAAGAAGUUACACUUGUUCUUGAAUUGAUUACAGGGGGUGAAUUAUUUGAACGAAUUAUUGAUGAAUCAUUUAAUUUAAAUGAAUCUAGAUGUAUAAAAUUUAUGCAUGAAAUACUUCAAGGUGUUGAAUAUAUGCAUUCACAAAAUGUGAUACAUCUUGAUUUAAAGCCUGAAAAUAUAUUGUGUUUAUCAGCGACCAGUUUUAAAACAAAAAUUAUUGAUUUUGGAUUAGCUAGAUUUUAUCAAGAUCAAAAUUUAUGCGUUCUGUUUGGUACACCAGAAUUUGUCUCACCUGAAGUAAUCUCAUAUGAACCAGUUUCACCUGCAGCUGAUAUGUGGUCACUUGGUGUAAUAUGUUAUGUAAUGCUUUCUGGAUUGUCCCCAUUUAUGGGUGAAAGUCAAGGAGAAACAUUAGCUAAUAUUAUACGAGUGAAAUACAAUUUUGAUUAUACAGAAUUUGCAGAAAUUUCAAAUGAUGCAAUGGAUUUUAUUCGGAAACUUUUAGUGAAAGAUCCAAGAAAACGAAUGACAGCCACUGAAUGUUUACAACAUCAAUGGUUAAAGCAAAAGAAAAAAACACCAUCACGUUCUGGAACAGUUAGUAAAAAACGUCUGAAACAUUUUGUUUAUCGACGUAAAUGGCAAAAAGCAGUAAAUGCGAUCAUAGCAUUACAACGUAUGGGUGUUGUACUACAACACUCGCCUAUAAUGCAUUCAAGACACCCAAGUCUGUCUAUACAUGGCAUAAAUAGAUCAUUUGAAAAUGAAACUAAACGACCUAAACUUCCACAAGUCACUGGACAUAAAUUAUUAUCAAAUAGCCCAACACCACCCCCAACAGUUAGUAAAGAAAGUUCACCAAAAUUAAUGAAGAAACCUUCAGGUAUAUUUAGAAAAACCAGUUUCUUUGGUAAAACACGAAAAGAUGACACCACUACUAAUAGUACUAGUAAUAAUGGAACUAAAACUAAAAAUAAAGCUAAUGAAAACUUAUCAGAUCCGUCAACAUCGCAUAAAAAUAAAUUAGACCUAUCACUUAAAUUGAAACGUAAAGAGAGUGGUAAAGGUUUUGUUUUGCAACGGCAUAAAAAUAGUCAACAGUCAAUAUCAUCAGAUAGUCCGUCAAUUAUACCUAAAAUUAGUAUAACAAGUGAACCAAAUUCCAGAUCCUCAAGUAAAUCGGAAACAGUUGUAGCUAUCCCCAAACAACAAAAGGACACUUCUACUUCGUCAUCAUCUAUAUUUAAAAUUCAGAAAAAAAAUAGUGCAUCAAAAAUAAUACAAUCAAAUGUGAAACAAUCAAAUCCUUUCAUUGUAAAAGAUAAAAAAUCCUCCACAUCAACAUCACCGUUACCACCAAUCUCAACCUCUAAUCCUCCACUAACAAAAUCAAUAGAGAAUACAACCAAUGAAAAAGAGAAAUUAUCAAUUGGUAAAACAAAAACAACAUUGAACACAACUGAUACUACUAACAAUCUUAUUAGUAGUCAUAGUAAAACAACAGAUACAACAACUGUUAAUACACAUCAUAAUUUUCAUAAAGUUCCAACAAAAUCAAAAAAUGCAACAUCCAUUACAAAAUCAGAUAUUGCCCUAAAAAUUAAUUUCUUUUCAAAUUUAUCUAAAGAAGGAAAAGUUAAGUGAUCAUUGUACAGUGAUUCUAUUCUCUACUUUUGCAUGUUUUAUUUGUCUAUUUGUAAAGUAUUCUUCUUCUUCUUCUGGGUUUUAUGAAAUAUAUUGUUGUGUUGUUCUUUCCAUUUCAUCUUCAUUUGUCCAUGUUUUGUAUGUAUGUAUGUGUGUAAGUAAGUAGUUAGGUAGGUAACAAGAGUUCAAAUUUACUUCAAUAAAGGAAUUAUUUCAUAUUUCAAUAAUGAAACCAUACAAAAUAGGUUUUGUUACGAAAAAUCUGAUAUACUUAAUAAUAAACAAAUAAAAAAUAAAUAAAAAAAUUUUCUACAUAUCAAUUUAAUCAUCCUAAAUGAUUGAUAUUUAUAAUAAAAAAACCUGUCCCUUUUUUUCUGGUUUUAUUUUAUUUUGUUGUCAAGGUGUUCAUUAUCUAAUGAAAAUUAUAUAAUUAUUCACUAAUAAUAUCACAUAUAUUAACUUCUCAUGUUCAUAGUUACUAAGAUAAUAAUAUUGUACCUUCAUAGAUUUUCUCAAUAAGGAUCAGUUUGUUUGUUUGUUUUUUAAAUGAAAUAAAUCUAAAAAAAAUAUUAUAAUCAUACGGGGUUUUUUUGUCUCAAACUGUACAAAAGCUCAUUAUUCAAAUGAAUGUCAAAAACAAAACAAUCAUUCUUCUGUUAUUGUUUUAUCUUUCAUUAAAGUAUAAAACAAUAAAGAUUACAUCAUCAAUAAGUUAAUAAACAUCAUGUUUUUGUCUUGUUUUGGUUACUUACAACUUACUAUUUCAUUAUUUUUCAUCUAUUUCAUUUUAUCUAUAUAAAAAAGAAUUAUUAUUUGAAAUAAAAUAUUAAGAAAAAACGAUAACUUAAAU